AUGGCUCAUCUCGAAUCCCGCAAGCAUAUUUCGGCCGACUCGGGAUUCCCCAUUACGCUUCAUCCUCAUUUCAACGAGAAAAUAAGGAACCAUGUGCCACCAGAGCCACUCCGGGAGCCAUUUACCCCGCCCAAAGACCGGGCCCUUUUUGCAGAUCAGGAGAAAAAGGCAUUAUUCUCUGUGGCAAAGCAGGUUGAUCUGACUGAGUCUAUUGGAACUGUUCUUGAGAAUGUGCAGUUGUCUGAGUUGAACGAGACCCAAUUGGAUGAAUUGGCACUUCUUGUGAAUGAGCGGGGAGUUGUCUUUUUCAGGGAUCAAAAUCUUACUACCGAGAAACAGGUUGAACUAUUUCAGCAUUAUGGUAUAUUGGAUAAGCACCCUGCUCAAAAGUUUGUCAGUAUCAAAGGCAGUCGCGAGGAUCACCGUGAGAUUCUUAACUACACUCCCUGGCCCAGUGGAGAUUUCCACGCCGAUACAUCAUUUGAGAUUAAUCCACCUACCUACUCCCUACUAAGAAUGGAAGAGCACCCUGAAGUCGGCGGUGACACAGCCUGGGUAUCUCAAUAUGGCACUUAUGACGCCCUAAGCGACGCGUACAAAAGGUUCCUCGACGGCCUUCACGCCGUUCAUACCUCGAGGCUACAGUAUGACACUAUUCUUGAUCUAUGGGGUGCAGCUCCCAAUCGCCCUCCGAUUGAUACACACCACCCCGCCGUGCGCACGCACCCAGUUACUAAAUUGAAGGCACUGAAUGUCAAUCCCGGAUUUGUGACUGGGUUCGCUGAGCUCAAGAAGGCAGAGUCCGACAAAAUUCUCGAUUUCUUGGCAUAUCAUAUCCACUCAGCUGAUGAUCACUCUGUUCGUUGGAAAUGGGCUGUUGGUAGUGUUGCUAUGUGGGAUAAUCGUUGUACGCUUCACCGCGUUAUCCCUGGUACAUACAAAGGAGCUAGACGGGGUAUUCGGACUACUGUUUUUGGUGAAAUACCCUAUCUCGACCCUACUAGUGAGAGCCGCGCCGAGCGUAAAUUACGUGAGGAGAGACAGGAUGAUGAGGGUGUUCUGGUAGUUUGA